AUGUCCGAAGCCGUUGAAAUGAAAUCGAAAUUAGCGACCAAUUCAUUGACAUUGUAUAUAAUAACAUAUCGACAAUACUCUGACUGGUCAUCGGAUCCAGUAUCGACCACACAUGGAAGUCAUUCACCGAUCGAACGUAUUGUUUGGACAGAUGAUGAUGAUGAUGAUAGAGUUGAUCGAAAGAAGACGUCCUUUGCCUGGUAUUGGUGUUUUAGAUGUUGUAUUGUUGGAUCAUUAGUCGCUGCAAUAGGUUUAGCUAUUGUACUCACAUUCUGGUUGACAUCAAAAACAACAGCGACAGAAACAUUAAGUAUGUAA